AUGGGAUACUUUCCCCUUGUCGAGAGCACCAGUGCUCCCACUAAGGUUGCAGUAACAAGAGAUUUUGGUGUUCUUGCAACUGUCAAGCAAGAUGGUGGAUGUUGUGCAAUGAAUUUAAGUGAAAAGAUUCCUCCCAUCGAUGAGGCAGCGUUGCUGGCAGUGGAGAGAGAAGCUGAAACCAAACGUCUUUCUCUCAUGACACACGACUCCUGGGCGUCCAACAGCAACAAUGACACAUCACUUAGUCAUUCCUUUGUUAGAAGUAGCCUUGCCAGUGUCACCGAUGAGGAGUUCAGAGUCAUCAAAAUUGAUCGAAAGGUCUCACCACUCACAUGGCUAGAAAAACAAUUUCAAAAACAACGCACCAAAGACUUGGAGACACUGAACACCACAAAAAGUAGAAUAGUUGAGGGAUUUGAUCAAAUCAAAAAGGAGUUGGAAAAAAUGGCUGAAAGUAAUGACAAGUUAACGGAAUUGGAAAAAGUGGCAAUUACAGAGUUUGAAUUGGACUCCGAGGAAAGGAAUGCCAUACUUGAGGAGACAAAUAGCCUAUUACAAAAGAGGCGGGCAGAAAUUGAGCACGACGAUCUUGUGAGGAGUUUCACUCACAGUGUCCUAAAGUCACGGUGUUGGGAGAUGCAAGAGGUCAAAGGUCGUAGCCUCCUUGCCUACGAUCUUCCCAUAGAAGUGCCAAAUUAUCCCCUCUGUCCACCAACUCGAGAGGUGGGUCGACUUUUGAGUCAGGCUAAGAGUCGACGACGGAUUGAAAUUGCUGUUGAAGGAUUUUACAAAAAGGAGUAUGAAAAGGUGUUUAAAAAAGCCUCUUCAUCAGAGAGUGAAAAAGGCAGUUCGGAGGAGGUGGUGGAGGAUGAGGUGGCGUCCAGAAGUGGCGAUGAUCAUCUUGGCUCCACUGCUGCCCAAUUUGGAAUAUCUACUAAACUUCUCUACAAUCAAAUGGACUUAUUUACAAAUGAUCAAAAACUGACACAAGCUGUCCUCAUUCAGGAUUUAAUUAGAAAAAUGCAGAUGAAAUUUAACGCCGAAUUUGAUGCCUGUUUUGCACGCAAACGUGAACACAUUGAAGAGAUUGAAAAACGUGUUGGACGUAUUAACGACAUCAUUCCAAAGGUGGAUCCCACCGCUCCCUUGCUAUCAAUGCGACAAUACGAAUUGCAACCGGUGGAGGAGGUGGAGAGACUACUAAUGUGUACAGACGAGGAGGUGGAUGUGGAGAGGUAUCGGUCACCUGAGGAGAUUGAAGAGAUGAAAAUUGCUGCUUCACGAGAGGCAGAACGAUUGAGACUGGAACAGUUGGACAAUUGGCGUGAACGUGGUCUCGACGAUAUGAUGGGUGGAGUGUUGGAGGUGAGACGCGAGGAUGAGUUGAAAAAGGACAUUCCAAUUCCAGCUGUGGUUUUGGCUGGUAAACAGGAGCAUGAAAUGACUGUUGAGGAGAAGAAAAUUUAUCGAAAUUACCUUCAGGCUUGCAAAAAUUUGGAGGAGGAGCGGGAAAAAUAUAGAAAGUACCUAGAAGGUGAGAUGAGAAAAAAUGAGGCGGCAAUUGAGGAGACAAAGGCAAUGAUAAAUGAGGAUAUUGUAAAGCUUUUUCACACCUACAUUAAGUAUGAAAUUGGCAUUGAAAUGGAGGACUUGAAGGUGAGGAAACUGCGUGCCUCCAUUCUACAGGCUCGAGAACUUGAAAAUGAGGCUAAAUUGUAUGCACAAACAAAGACUCACAUUGAGGCAAAAGUUGUAAAGCUUAAUAGCAUCAUUCAACAAGCAAAGGAGUUGACAGAGAAGCUUCAAGAAGACGUGGAAUUAAUCACAGUGGAAGAUAGGAUGAUGGAGAGGGGUUUUCGCAAGGAGUUUUAUGAUGUCCACGGUGUCACUUAUGACAUUAUCCACAAAGCCUUUAAACGACGGCCCAAGCGACUGGCAAUGGAGACACGAUUGGGGGCAGACGAGGAGGAAAGAGAGGAGGAGAAAGACGGAGAUGAGAAGAAUAGAUCCAGUGUUCUUACUCAGCCAAGUUUGGGGGAUAGCAGAAAUCCGUAUGCUGAGGCGUUGGCUCGCAUUCGUUCCCCUGAGGCUGAGUGGGCGGCCAUUCAACGUGCACUAAAUGAAUACGAUGAGGUCAAUAAGAUGGCCGAAUUCAACGUAGAUCCAGCCAUUUGGGAACGACUACAGAAAGCACGGCUUAAGAAAGUGGGCAAAGAAAUGGACUUAAGAAAUGCCACUUACCGUCUCAACAGCACUAUGGCUUUUUUGCAACGUCGUGAAAAAGAAUUGGCGGAUGCAAUGCUGGAGCUUGACGAAGUUGAAGCAGCACGGAGUGAGUUGAAGGCAAAGAUCUACCGAACAAUGACAAACGUGGACAUUAGCAUACUCAUGCCUCAGGGCCAAGUGGAAAUUGAGGUGAAGCCGGGACGUCUGGUGGAGGACUUUAACACCUGCCUCCUCAUUAACCGCAAACAAAUUGAAGAUCUUAACGCUCAAGUUAUCCAACUUAGCAAUGAAAAAAUCAAUCACAUGGAACUAAUCAAGUCCUAUAAGCGUAGAUUUAAGAUGCUUGAGUGGGAUUUGCGAGAAAUGCUGAUGCGAUAUGAGGAUCUUGUGGACAGGCAAAAGCAAAUAACCAACUUCACCAUCACUCGAGAAAUUCAACGAUAUUUGCAAAAUCCCGACUACGAGGCUCUUGUAUCCACUGAACUCAGCAAUUCGGAGCACACCUAUGCACAAUUGAAGGCGAAUCACCGAAAAUUCAUGGACAAAAUUGAAAAACGAAUUAAGUAUUACAAGGAGAAACAGUUGGGAAGGUUAAAGAUGCAAAAUGAGAAGUUACUUCGAGACCUAGAGCAGAUGAACAUUAGUGUAUUGGAGGCACGACACAUCUGCGAACAGACACCUCACGCCACUACGGAUGUACUUCGUGCGGAGGCUUGCUACAAGUCAUUGCUGAGAAAGGCGAAUUUGGAUGCGCUAGCACUGCACCAGACACGCGAAUUGCAGACCCUUCGCAAGGAGCUGAGAGAACUGCACAAGGCAGCCUUCCCCGCCAUUCCCGACUAA